CGCCGGGACCGCGGGCCCGAGCCGCGGCGCGCAUUGCGGAGGGAGGGCGCGGAGCGCCGGAGCCGCCGCCUGCCCGAUCCGAGGGGGCAGCAGGCGCCCCCGGAGCGCCCCCGCCUCCCGCCCGGACGCCGCGGGCCCGCUGAGCCGAUCGCCUCCGGCCGGCAGGCUGGGCGCGCAGGGGCGCGGGCCCCCGCCCGGCGCGCAGCGGCACCAUGGGCACGGUGCUGUCCCUGUCCCCCAGCUACCGCAAGGCCACGCUGUUUGAGGAUGGCGCGGCCACGGUGGGCCACUACACGGCCGUGCAGAACAGCAAGAACGCCAAGGACAAGAACCUGAAGCGGCACUCCAUCAUCUCCGUGCUGCCGUGGAAGAGGAUCGUGGCCGUGUCGGCCAAGAAGAAGAACUCCAAGAAGGUGCAGCCCAACAGCAGCUACCAGAACAACAUCACGCACCUCAACAAUGAGAACCUGAAGAAGUCGCUGUCGUGCGCCAACCUGUCCACGUUCGCCCAGCCCCCGCCGGCCCAGCCGCCCGCGCCCCCCGCCAGCCAGCUCUCGGGCUCCCAGACCGGGGUCUCCUCUUCUGUCAAGAAGGCCCCGCACGCGGCCCUCACCUCCGCGGGGACGCCCAAACGUGUCAUCGUCCAGGCGUCCACCAGCGAGCUGCUGCGCUGCCUGGGCGAGUUUCUCUGCCGCCGGUGCUACCGCCUGAAGCACCUGUCCCCCACGGACCCUGUGCUCUGGCUGCGCAGCGUGGACCGCUCGCUGCUUCUGCAGGGCUGGCAGGACCAGGGCUUCAUCACGCCGGCCAACGUGGUCUUCCUCUACAUGCUCUGCAGGGAUGUCAUCUCCUCCGAGGUGGGCUCGGACCACGAGCUCCAGGCCAUCCUGCUGACCUGCCUGUACCUCUCCUACUCCUACAUGGGCAACGAGAUCUCCUACCCGCUCAAGCCCUUCCUGGUGGAGAGCUGCAAGGAGGCCUUUUGGGACCGCUGCCUCUCCGUCAUCAACCUCAUGAGCUCCAAGAUGCUGCAGAUCAAUGCCGACCCGCACUACUUCACACAGGUGUUCUCCGACCUGAAGAACGAGAGUGGUCAGGAGGACAAGAAGCGGCUCCUCCUGGGGCUCGAUCGGUGAGCCCUGUAGCCCGCAUCAUGGCUCAAGGAUUCAAUUCAUUUUUAAAAAUUUAUUAUUAAGCAAAUCAGAUUUUGUGUACAGUAUGUGUCUAGCAGAGCCACCGAGGGCCUCUUUCUUCCCACCUUCUCUCCUUGGGGUUUUCUUCAGCCCUGCCAAGAACUCUGGGCGCUUUUGAACUCCUGAACCUUGUGCAAAAACCCAGAAGAUGUGUUCAGAGCCACCCAGGCCACUGACUUCUCAACUUUGGGGAAUUUGUAGGACUGACCUGUCUCUGCCACCUGUGCCCUUGCUGGACCAGGGCAGGUGAGGCUGCCCGCUGCUCCUGGCAUGGGAGCCAGAGAGGGGCCUCUGGCCAGUUAGUUGGCCCUGGGGAGCCAUUGCUGUUGCCGGUUGGAGGGCCUUUCUUGGAUUUUGUUUUGGGUCAUCCGUUCUCCCAGAGGCCUGUGGAGCUGGCCACCCUGACCGAGCCACGAAUGGGGUUGUGAGGCGAGGUGCCCACCACCCUGGGACAACUCGUCGAGGAGAAGCUGGCCUGGUACAAAGAUUGUGUCCUGUCGUUUGACCAUGCACCACUCUGGUUUGCUCUUUUUUCUUUUAUUAGGGAGAAGAGUUUUCCUUUAGUGAAGACAUGGAACUUGCCCCCUGACCUCCUUACCCCCUGCUCCCAGCCGUGUUGGUAGUGUCGGUUAAUGAGCUGGUUUGACUCAUUAAGUUCUUUGAUUUGGGGUCCCAGCUAAAGGGGUGGGGUGAAGCUAGGGACAGCUCCUUUCCUGGGCGAAUCUUUGACUAAUGCAGCUUACUCACCCUGUGGUGAAGGCCAGGGCGGCUGCUGGUGCCCCUCACCGACAGCCUGCCUUCUGGGCAGGUGCAGUCGUUGUGCCUGAAACCAGCCAGUGCUCACCUGAGGGCUAAGGCGUCUUGCUGGUGCAUGACAUUUGUUCCUGCAGAGCCGAGGUGAUGUCGGGGACCAGAAUGAUGGGGUAAUGAUGUACCCCCCGCCCCCCUGUCCCCACCCCUGUUCAUUUAAAGCUGUUUCCAAACAGUUCAGUUUCUUCUGAAGACGAAGCCUUGCCCUGCGAGGCCCAGUGAGACCACUGGAUCUUGGAGACAAUUCCAAGGCCGGAGUAGCACUCCUCAUGGCUUCGGAAGCCUGCCAUUCUGCACCUGAUCAUUUGCAGCUGCCCAUCUGGGUUUCCACCUUACCUUAGUGGCUGUGAAAAACACACGACAUGUACUUAAUCAAUUUCCUUUUUGAUUCUCCCAGAUUGGUGGCUUGGGACUUGGGAGAGGACCAGGAGAAGGGAGCGAGUCUUCCUCUGUGGCCCAUCACUCCAGCUUUGGGGAAUAAAGGUCAAUGUGAAGAUGCCCUGGGGGAAGUCUCCCUUCCAGUCCCAGGGAGGGGGGGUGGCGGGGGGCAGGCAGAGGGUCCUCUGACACAGGAUAGAUUCUAGGUGGCUGCUGGUUUCAGCAGAAGCACUACUGAAAUUCACACGAGAGAAAGCUGUGAAACCGGGGUCUCACUUUAAGAGGCCUGGAGCGGAGCUGCCGCUUCCCGCUUCCCGGGGAAGGGGAGGAGGGCCCGCUCGGGGCUGGGAUGGGAUCCCUCGGCCCAGCUGCGCCGAGCCCUCUCUGGGCUGCCAAAUAAGCUGAGGCGGAGCUGGAAGGAACCUCGGCUGCUGCCACAGACUUGGCCGCCACGCCUCUAUCUCGGUGGGAGCUGUCACCCAGCCCGUCUGUUCAGAUCCCGCUGCCACGUGUGACCUGAGGUAGGAGGCCCUUGGGGGGGCAGCGGGGCCCAGAAGUGGGGAGGGAGGUUGGGGCGCAAAGUCUCAAGAGGAGGGGUGCGUGUCUGUAGUCACUCACCCAGCGGCUGAGCUUGGCCUGAAACCCCACGCUCAGGCCGCAUCCCCAGUAUUCCGGUUGUGUGUUUUCCUGCUCUUUCUCCGUAUUUUAUUUUUUUAUUUCUUGGGGGAGGGGCCCAUUUCAGGAGCGGCUCGGGGCUGAGGAGGUCAGUCUCUGGCUCCCCCGGUGAGAAGCCCGCCGUGGCCUCCUCCCUGCCCUUGUGCUGGUCAGUACCGGGUGCGGGAGCUGAUGGACUCCAGCGUGCGGGCCCUGAGCCCAUCUGACAUGCUGCUAUGAAGACUACUUUUAGAACAAUGAUUAAAAGAAAAAAGGAAAAAAAAAAAAAGAAAAACUAACCUACGGGGGGAAAAAAACCCAACCCCUUUAUUCUUUAAUUGUUGCGUUUACAGUGAUAUUGUGCAUGCGAACCAGGAGCAUUUUGUGUCUUAAGAAAAAUAAUCUUAGAACAGAUGGCUGUGAACAUUACACCCGUGCACAGAACAAGUCACAGGAAUAGUUCAGGAUUUGGUUUUUCUCUUUUUCUUGUAAACCUGAAGGGUUGAUCUAUUCUUUCCAUGCAGUUAUUUAUUAGAAUUUAGUUCUGUUCCAACAGUUGUUAAACUUGCAAUGAAAAGAAAACGUGCCAUUUUUCCCACUCGGAAUUAUUCAUAGGCUGUAUAUUUGAAACUGCUAAUUACACGUGCGGUGUAUGUUGGUUCUUAGUGCAAUUCGUUCUGUAGUUAUCCUUUGACCAAACCGUGGGUAUUGUUAAUAUUAAUUUAUAUUUGUCUCAUUUUGUAUGUAUGUGUAGUGUGUUUGUAAGUAUGUGUGGUUUAUAAUCUGACAAGGUCAUGAAGCUCAGUUUGGCUGUAAUUUAAUUCCCUUUCCCUUAUUUUUAUUUAUUUUUGUACUGUGCUGAUUAAAUAAAAUGCACUGACCAUCCAUUA